AAAAAUUACACCCUAAAUCAGACCUGGAACCAGAGUCUUUCCCCUCUCUCUCUCCUCUUGAUCGAUCGAAACAAAGAAGAAUUGGUAUAAGAGGAGUAGGUCACAGGUUAAACUUUCGAUUUCAACUUGUGAUUUCAUUGAAUUAAGACUGAAUUUGUGCUGGGAAUUGGAUUUUGAUUAGAUGAAAGAAGGUAGAGAUGGUUCAAAAUCAACAUCUGUUAGCUCGUUACCACUUAUUCUCGACAUUGAUGAUUUCAAGGGUGAUUUUUCAUUUGAUGCAUUAUUUGGGAACUUGGUGAAUGAGUUGCUUCCUUCAUUUCAAGAAGAAGAAACUGAUUCAUCUGAAGGUGGAGGAAUACAUGAUGGUUUACCUUAUGGACAUUCAAGAAUACCAUCUGAUGCUGCCGCGAAAGCAGCUGCACAAGGAGGUGCAGGACUUACGACGAGUCCGUUAUUUCCUGAAGUUGAUGCUCUUUUGAAUUUGUUUAAGGAUUCUUGUAGGGAGUUGAUUGAUCUGAGACAACAGGUUGAUUCGAAACUGUUGAAUUUGAAGAAAGAGGUUUCUGUUCAGGACUCUAAGCAUCGAAAGACACUAUCUGAGCUCGAGAAAGGUGUAGAUGGCCUAUUUGAUAGCUUUGCAAGGCUGGACUCACGUAUAUCUAGUGUUGGACAAACUGCUGCAAAGAUCGGAGAUCAUCUGCAGAGUGCAGAUUCUCAAAGAGAAACUGCUAGUCAGACGAUUGAGCUUAUAAAGUACUUGAUGGAGUUUAACAGCAGCCCUGGCGACCUAAUAGAACUUUCGCCUCUAUUCUCUGAUGAUAGCCGUGUUGCUGAGGCGGCUUCAGCUGCACAAAAACUGCGGGCAUUUGCUGAAGAAGAUAUAGGAAGACAUGGUAUGUCUGUGCCUUCUGGUAUGGGAAAUGCAACUGCGAGCAGAGGUUUAGAAGUUGCAGUUGCGAAUCUUCAAGACUAUUGUAAUGAACUCGAGAAUAGGUUGUUAUCCCGGUUUGACGCAGCAUCGCAAAGACGAGAAUUAUCAACAAUGUCAGAAUGUGCUAAAAUCCUCUCUCAGUUUAACAGGGGUACAAGUGCCAUGCAACAUUAUGUUCGAACUCGACCAAUGUUUAUGGAUGCGGAGGUAAUGAAUGCAGAUACCAUGUUGGUUCUUGGUGAUCAGGGCUCACAAGUUAGUCCCAGCGAUGUUUCACGCGGACUUGCUUCGUUAUACAAAGAAAUAACAGAUACUGUGAGGAAAGAAGCUGCCACGAUAAUGGCUGUGUUUCCUUCUCCUAACGACGUCAUGGCCAUCCUCGUGCAGCGAGUUUUGGAGGAACGAGUAACAGCACUUCUGGAUAAGCUUUUAGUGAAGCCAUCUCUUGUGAACUUGCCUCCAGUUGAUCAAGGCGGACUUCUAUUAUACCUUAGAAUUUUGGCGGUGGCAUAUGAAAAGACCCAAGAACUUGCAAGGGACCUGCGAGCUGUGGGGUGUGGUGACUUGGAUGUAGAGGGUCUCACUGAAUCCCUGUUUGUUGCCCAGAAGGAUGAGUAUCCUGAACAUGAGCAAGCAUCCCUUAGACAGCUCUUUAAUGCAAAGAUGGAAGAAUUGCGUGCUGAAAGCCAAACUGAAUCAAGUGGUACAAUUGGACGCUCAAGAGGAGCUUCAGUGGCAUCAUCCCAACAGCAGAUAUCAGUCACGGUAGUGACAGAGUUUGUGCGCUGGAACGAAGAGGCGAUUUCUAGAUGCACUUUAUUUUCAUCUCUACCUGCUACACUUGCAUCUAAUGUCAAAGCAGUGUUCACUUGCUUGCUGGACCAUGUUAGUCAAUAUAUCACUGAAGGGCUCGAACGGGCAAGAGACAGUCUUAAUGAAGCUGCAGCGUUGAGGGAAAGAUUUGUGCUUGGCACUAGUGUCAGUAGAAGGGUGGCUGCUGCAGCUGCAUCUGCUGCUGAAGCCGCUGCUGCUGCAGGUGAAAGCAGUUUCAGAUCUUUCAUGGUUGCCGUACAGCGUUGUGCUAGCAGUGUGGCUAUAGUUCAACAGUAUUUUACCAACUCUAUUUCUCGGCUCUUACUUCCUGUGGAUGGUGCACAUGCUGCAUCUUGUGAAGAGAUGGCAACAGCUAUGUCCAGUGCAGAAGGUGCUGCUUAUAAAGGACUUCAGCAGUGCAUUGAAACAGUUAUGGCUGAGGUGGAGCGGUUACUCUCUGCUGAACAGAAGCCCACAGACUAUCGAUCACCUGAAGAUGGAAUGGCUCCUGAUCACCGUCCAACAACUGCCUGUACGAGAGUUGUUGCGUACCUCUCUCGUGUGCUUGAGGUUUCAUUCACUGCUCUUGAAGGUCUAAACAAGCAAGCUUUUUUGACAGAAUUGGGAACUCGGUUGCACAAAGGACUGCUUAGCCAUUGGCAGAAGUACACAUUUAACCCCAGUGGUGGGCUGCGGCUAAAACGUGAUAUAACAGAGUACGGAGAAUAUGUGCGCACCUUCAACGCUCCAUCCGUUGAUGAGAAGUUUGAAUUGUUGGGCAUCAUGGCCAAUGUCUUCAUUGUUGCACCUGAAAGUCUUGCCACUUUGUUCGAGGGAACCCCAAGUAUCAGAAAGGAUGCACAAAGGUUCAUUCAGCUCAGAGAAGAUUACAAAUCUGCAAAACUUGCAUCCAGGCUCAGUUCCUUGUGGCAAAGUUCUAGUUAAUACAGAAGUAAUUGUAUGGUGUCAUGUAACUAAUGCGAUGGGGGGUCUUCACCAACUUCUGGCAGACAACAAUUUUUCUAUCACUGGAUAAACAUGAGGAACCAAGCAAUUGCAGAAGUAAAAAGAAGAUUCAUAAAUGACAUAUGAUAUGCCUGUAAUCUUCCUUUGCCCCCAAUUAAACAACACAUUCUUUUUGUUUUUUGUUUUUUUGGUCUUGUUGUAUCUUGUGAGUAUAUACAAAUGGAUUUCUGUAACUUGUAAACGCCGUUGACUGCUAACCCUUUAGAUAGUCGUUUGGGUUGCUUUUGAAAUUCAGUGCAAAAUAAGUUGCACUGACA